AUGUCAAAUCAAAAAGAUCACGAUGCCAAGCAUCGAAGAAACGAUAACCUAUUGAAAAACUUACCGACAGAGGUUUUGCUAAAAGCGCGAAGCACUCUUGUGUCUCUUGGUGGUGCUUUAAAACCAAAACACGAGCAGCAGCAGCAAUCUAAGACAUUAAAGCCUGAGUCAAAAAACAAGAAGAGUUACGAUAGGUUAAAAAGCUCGCGUUCGGAACCAGAAUUCAGCGAAAUUCGCUCGAGCAAACACAGAAGUCGCAUCGAUGAUGUAGUACCUAGAGAAUAUAGGACUGGACCCAGACAGCGACCACUCUCAGUGGGUGCUGGGAAACGGUAUAAUGACGACAUAAAUUAUCAUGGCGCAAGUUUCUCAAGGGAGAUAUCUCCGCUGAGACGACAAUUUGAUUCGUCAGAUGAAGUGUGCGUGCAGUCUCGACUUGUGAUACCUGUCAAUGAAAGACUCCAAAACUUGGACGUCCAUAUGCUUGAUAUUAACGAAAGACCUAGAAAGAAGCUAUCAUUUCGCGAGCCUGAAAUCGUAAGCAACGGAAAUGGAACACUAGGACGAUCGAAUAAACUGAUGGGCGUUAACAGCCUUACUCGUCGACCCAAUAAAAUAUCACUUCGUUCCGAUAUUCAUUCCAGCUUAGAUGGCCUGGACUCAGAUCUAGAGAGCCAGGCUAUGAGGAUUGUGCGCACCGUAGGUCAAGCUUUCGAGGUGUGCCACAAGAUGCAGACCAAUACUCCAGAACAACCAGCGCCGUCAACUUCAUCCGCCGUCGAUGACCCCUCUCCCGCCGACCGUUUGAGUGAAGUGAAGUCUGCCAAAGAACCUGCUUCCGAGUGUGGAGGUUCGGAGUCGGGUGCGGCAUCGACUACUAAGGUGGUGGUGGAAGAGGCAUCUCAAGUCGGGUCGAAAGAACCGGUGCGUCCAAAACAUCUAAAUAUACUCCCUCCACCGCCUCGAAAGGAAGGAAAACGCGCUCAACAGCAAACAUCAGUUCCGAGCAUCAACCUCCCAGACUUACCGGAGUGUGUAACCAAAGUUGAGAUCUCAAGCGCGCCCGAGGAUGACACAUCUACGCCACUCAGCGCCCAGCACCAACUGAAACUCUUGCGUGAGCGCCUCGAUCAGCAAGCACAGCAAACACAGGCUGCAGUAGCACAACUAUUGCUCCUUAGAGACCAGCUUGCUGCGGAGCAAGCAGCACGAUGUGAGGCCCAGGCUCGUACUCACCAACUGCUGGUUCAUAAUAAGGAACUUUUGGAGCACAUUGCUGCUUUAGUCGCUCACUUACAAGAACGAGAAAAGGGGAAUGCUCGCCCGAUCAGCGCUCAACAACUCACACUCUUGCCACAGAAGAUCGAAGCCGCUAGCGACGCAAACAAAACAGAAAACUUCAUAAAUAACAACGGAAAUAAGCAGCAACUCGACAACGCUGCUUUGCUUAAUUUCCUGGCACAAAACUCCAAACCCACUCAAAAUCAGAAUAUUGAGAACAACAACUUACGCUUGUCUACGUUCAACUUGUCUCCAACUGCUCCUGACGGUAACAUAAACGGAUCGGCGCCAUGCUUCGCGGGGAUGACGAAUGAACAAAUACAGAAUUAUCUCAUCGCUAAAUUCCAAAACAUGACAUUUGUCAACGGACACGUCGAUAACACGGCGAACAACAAUCAUCACUUUUUCCAGAACAACAAUGCCUUCCCGAACAUCCCACCGAUCACCAACAAUUUUAGCAAUUCUGACUUGGCAAGCUUGCUAAACCAUCAGUUAUACAAGGAUACGUCUGGCUCGAGUGAUGAAGCGGGCGCUUUGGCUCAAGCCAUGAGUGUGGGUCAAUCCCAGAACUCCCUGUACAGCAACAGUCAAGCUACAACUUCUAAGGACUCGUCGCCGGAUGCUUUUAGCUCCGACGAAGGACAGCCAUUCAUAAUGCCACUGUCGCAUAACGCGACUUUGGCGGCCACUGGUAAUGACGGACGUGUCAGACUUAUUGUGCCAGUCAGUCCCUCUGAAAGCACAUCGGAUGUUAUUGAGACGCAGAAAAACCCUAAAACCCCUAGUGUCUCACUAAAGGUCCCGGAAGAUUUGUCCCCAGCGGCUCCGAUCACGCGUACCACCAGCGAAAAAGUACCAAACCGGAGCGAGUUGAUGACGGCACUCCGAGCCCAAUGGACAAGACACACAACCAAAUAA